AUGGCUUCUGGAAGAAGUGCUUUUAGGCUCUCAAAACCUCUGAUUGGAGAAGAUGGGAAGAUUUAUGCUUGUUCAGAGAAGACUUUGUUUGCAUUUGAAAGUAAUGGCUCCGUUGCUUGGUCCUUGGAUUUAGAUUUUAAAUGCAACAUUGGUAUGGCUCCAGUUCAUGGCGGAAAAGGAAAGAUAUAUUUGGUUGCAGAAGACAGGGUGAUUAAGGUUAAUUUUAUGAAAAUGGGAAAUUCUGAAUCUGCGCCACAAGUUUUUUUUGGUGAAGGACCAGGAGAAGAGGUAGCAGGUGAAAUUAGUGGGCUUGCUGUGAGCACAUUUGGUUCAACUGUUUUUAUCAAUGUUAAAAAUAGGGGACUUUAUGCAUUCAUGACUAGUGGAGAAGUACUUUGGAGUGCUGGGCCAAAGCAGUUUCAGUCAGACUAUCAUCAAGGUUGUAGAAAAAGUGUUGCAGAUUGUUAUUUUUCUUCACAUCCUGUGAUUGAUGAAUGUGAAGCUAAUAUAUCAAACACUCAAGGUGAACUUUAUUCAAUUUCAUUUCGUAGUCCUCAUUACAAUUGGGUCCAGGAUUUUAGUUCCUUCGGCAAAAUGUUAACAAUCACCUCAGGAAACAACGGUUGCUUGUAUGUAACUAUACCUGUUAAGGCUUUAGUAUUUGCGCUUGAUGCUUCUUCAGGAAAUGUUUUGUGGCAGAGAAGUAUUGGCCCCAUUAGUUCUGCAGAAUAUGCACCAGUUGUUGACUCUAAUGUAUUCAAUGAACAUAGUGAACUUAUUCACCAUCAACUCGACCUUAAACUCAUCGAUGUAACAGGAUGGAUAUCUGUUGGUUCAUUGGAUGGCUUCCUGUACUCAUUUUCUCCAACCGGAAGUCUUCACAAAUUUUCAAAAUCAGAUACAAUGGAUUCAGUGAUCCAGGUUAGCCCACUUCUUGAUUGUUCAGGAUAUGCCGUAUAUAUAUCCCAGACAAAGAUGAGUGGAAAAUUUAUCCACACAAAUGGUGAAUAUACAUAUGUCUCCACUAUGAAACCUGAAAGUGUAGUCUUCUCCUUGAUGGCUCCAGCAACGGGGUCUGUUUACUGGUCUGAAAUCUAUCCGGACCCUAAGUCUAAAUUCUCUCAGCGUUUGAUGAUUGCAGGCGAAUUCUCAUCCUUGUUAUCCAAAAGUGACCUGCAGCGUUUUGAUCCGGAUGAGAGUCUUGUUCUUGCUUUUGUCACUGCUGCAAAGACAGGCAACACACUGCAAUGCCGAACGAUUGGUCAGAAGGUUGCAGCUAGUUGUUCUCAAACAAGGCCUAAGAGGCCUGGUAUCUACAUAGGUAAUGAAAGGGCAGUUGUGCUGUUCCUGUUUUUUGAGUCAGUGGUCUUGUUAGUUUUAGCUGUACUAGUGAGGUUCUGUUGCACAUUUUGGAGGAAAAAGAAGCUGCAAGGCCAAAACUUUGGAAAUUUUCUGGAUAAGAGACGUUCGCUCCAACUCAAGAAGAAAGCAUUCGAUAGAACAAUCACCGAGCUUGAGCAGAAGGCUGUGGAGGAAGCAGUAACCGGUGAAGUGAUUGAAAAGCUCAGCAGUUUGGUGCAAGAAAGGAAAGGCGUUGAGAGAAAACUCUCAACAACUUAUAGUUUAGGCAGGGAUACUGCAGGUUCAUAUUCAAAGUCUCUCCUGCCAGUAUAUGAUGCUAAAACCAGAAGCUAUUCAUUUCAAGGGGCAAAGAAGGAGAGUGUUACCAUCUUUCACACUCUGAGUGACACAUCUUCGGGCAGCACAGAAAUAGAAAACAGUUGGGAUUCUGAAGAAGAUAACAAUCAGGUUGCAGCUAACACAAACGCUAAAGCAAAAGCACCCAUUGAAGCAGAGAGUUCAAGUGAUGAUGUGGUCUUUAUGCAUCACAGGAUAAGUCCAUCAGAGCCAGCUUCAAGCUCCAGGCGAUUCAUUAGUCCAUUAUUCGUGGAGCAAGAGGGGGAGGUGGUGGAGUCCAUGUCCAUGUCAAGUGUCUUAAAGAGGAGAAAAGCCUUGUCUUCAACAAAGUAGAAUCUACACAAAAAUUUGAUUACACCAUGUAAUGUUAAUCAUCAGCAUCAAAACUGAU